GACACCAAGCCAAUGCAUCCGCUAGUCUGACAUGGAAUCAGUCGGAUCCGACUGGUCGAUGCAGCAGGGUUCACCGCUCUCUGUCCGGAUGUGGGUAGGAGGGACGACACCCAAGAAAAUGGAAACUCGGAUUUCUCUUCGUGAUUCGUAAGCAGAAGCAAAAGCUUGCAAUUUUGAAUUUUUUAGCCAUCCAGGUACAUCGCUCCAUGACUCUUUCUUAGCAUUUAUAUAUUAUUUAAUUAGUAGUGUUCUUAAUUUCUUGUAUUGUAGAUUUUAUUUGGAUAAUAUCAUCUAACAACGUGAAAAAAGAGAACAUGCAAAUGAGUUUAUUGAGUCCCAGGAAAGUACAUGUACUAAUUCCCCGCAAAUAAAGAAAGUACCUCUGCUAGGGAUUUCAAGGAAUUAGCUUUAGUUAGUUAUUGCUGAAUAACAACCUAGCGAAAAAUUAUAGGAUGAUAAAAUUUUGAGUUGGCACCGAAGGGAAAAACAUAGGUAUUGAUUGGCAAGACCGGCCAAAUUUUAUGUGAAUGAUUAUGGCCCUGGUUUUUCUGAAUAGAUAAGGCAACAUAAAUUCUAGUGUAAUAAGUAUUCAUUUUCAUUUGAAAUAGAAAAAAUAUAUGUGGGUUUAGGGCCCCUUUUUGUUAUCUUGCCCCGGGCCCUCGAAAUCUUAGGACCGGGCCUGGAUGUUCGGCGAGCUGUCGGCGAGAGUGGGUGUGGCAUGUGGCAUUGUUUGGAUGGGCUUUGUAUUGGGUUUCGUUUGAUUUUUCGUAAUUAACUAGGCAACAACCUUGUUAUGAGAUGGGCAAAGUUUUUGCCUCGUGUUUUGGAAAAGAAAAAAAGUUUGGUGCUGUGAUUUUAAGCAAAGUGAUGUGCUAUAAUAAUUUAGUUAAUUCAAUCCCUCAAGGAAAAAUAGUCAAACUGCUGAAUAGAAUAGUGUAAAUCUGGUAGCACGUGGGCCCACUGAACUCCUGGAUGCAUAGGAAAAGAGCACGUGCCGACAAAGAGGUGGAAGAGAGCCGGAACAGACAUGUCAAAGCAAUGAUCGAUCUCGUUUUCAUUAGUAGUAGUACGUGGUUUGCACAAAUCAUGCGCACAAAAAUUAAGCCAGCUAGCUAUGGCAAACGAAAAGGGAAAAAGAUGGCAAGAAAACCAAGCGGAGAAGGUUCCCGUGAAAGAAAAGUAAAGAAAACAGAGUACAGGAGUACACAGGACAGCCGGCGCCGCUUCUCCUCUCCCUCGCACGCACGCAUUCUUCACGUGCGCUGCGCGGCAAAAGGAAAGAAGAGACCGAACCGCCCCGUUGCCGUCGUGCGCGCACAACGUUUCAUAAACAAGCGGGGCAGAGAGAGAUUGAGAGGUGUGUGUGUGUGUGUAUUGACGGGCCGGCCUUCCUUCUUCCAAGAACUUGAGGAGGAAAGAUCGAUAGACCUGGUACUACUUGAAUAUACACAUUAAUGGCGGCGGCGAGUAGCAGCGCGCGGGACACCGCGGAGGGGUGGCGAGAUGGGGGAAGCGUCGACGACGGGGGAGCGGAGGUCGAACUGAGCCUGCGGCUUCGGACCGGGAGCAGCAGCGGCGGCGCGGCGAGGAGGAGCAUGACCAUAUUCUACGAUGGCCGGGUGUGCGCCGUCGACGUCACCGAGCUCCAGGCAAGGGAAAUCAUAACCAUGGCGAGCCAACAAAUUCUAACCGAGCAGCAGGACAGCAGCGGCGGCGGCACUGCAGUGGCACAGUGCGGAGCGCAUCAGAAUCCAAGCCAGCCGGCGCCGCAACGUUGGGCUCCAUUGUUGGCUUCACGCCCGCUUCGUCAGGGAGCAGGGGCUGCUGCGCCGGUCACCAGCCAAGCGGCCGCCGCGGGGCUGUCGAUGAGGCGGUCGUUGCAGCAGUUUCUGCAGAAGCGGAAGACAAGGGUCGCCGCCAUGGGUUCGCCGUACGCCGGCGGCCGGCGAGCGAUGCCCUCCUAGUCCUAGUCCGGUGGUUAAAGACACAUACGUACAGUGCUUGCUAGCAUAUGGUUAUUUUUGUUCUUGAGACUUGUAUUUUCAAGCAUGAGAUUGGAGUGUUCAAAUGAAGUUUUCGUUUGUUCGAGUGUUAAACUAGUUAGUUUCUUGGAGAUCAACCUGUUGGCGGCCGGUAGAGUAACUUGUUCGUUGGAUAAUUGCAAACUCACCUUGCACGUAAUGUACUUAAUUCAAUUUUUCUUUUGCGAGGAAUAAUGUACCUAUUUAAUUCAUUUAUCAUGUCUGAUCGAUCCAUGCCAUAUCACAGCACUUUGGAA